AUGGCCUCCGACGCAAACGGCGCGUCCAGCGCCCCCAAGCCCUCCAAAUACGACCCCAACUUCACGCAACACGUCAUCGACACCAUGGGCCCCAACACCACGCCGCGGAACCGGGUCGUGCUGGGGGCGCUGAUCCGGCACAUCCACGACUUCGCGCGGGAGGUGGACCUGACGAUCGACGAGUGGAUGGCGGGCGUGCGGUUCGUCAACGAGGUCGGGCGGGUGUACUCGGAGUCGAAGCAGACGCGCAACGAGGCGCACCGGCUGUCGGACAUCCUGGGGCUCGAGACGCUCGUCGACGAGAUCGCGCACAAGAUCGUGUCGGACACGGACGUGGACCCGACCUCGAGCGCGAUCCUGGGGCCGUUCUGGAGCCCGAACGCGCCCUUCCGCGAGAACGGCGGCACCAUCAUCCAGGACCCGAACAAGGACGGCCGCGUCGUGCUCAUGCACGGCGUCGUCUCCGACCUCGUCACCGGCAAGCCCAUCCCGGGAGCCGUCUUCGACAUCUGGCAGGCCUCGGCCAACGGCAAGUACGACUUCCAGGACCCCGAGAACCAGACCCCGAAUAACCUGCGCGGCAAGUUCCGCGCCGACGAGAACGGCAAGUACUGGUUCUACUGCUACUACCCGACCGCGUACUCGCUGCCGCGGGACGGCCCCUCGUUCCAGCUGCUGAAUAUGAUGGAUCGGCAUCCGAUGCGGCCGGCGCAUAUCCACAUCAUGGUAACGCACCCGGAGUACAAGGGCUGCACCACGCAGCUGUACCCCAAGGACGACGAGUGGCUCUCGUCCGACACCGUGUUCGCCGUCAAGGACGACCUGGUGGUCGACUUCAAGCCGCUCGAGGGCGACCCCAAGGCGAAGCUCGAGCUGGACUACAACGUCAUCCUCGCGCCCAAGGAUUACAAGGGGAAGUCUUUCUAG